AUGUCCUGUUUUAACAAAGAUGUCUCUGUCUCAUUGUGUCCCCCAGUUUGUCUGGCCGCUCACGGUCGCUUCGCUCAGAAGCUGCUGAAUGACUUGUUCUCCAACUACACCAACGCCCUGCGGCCGGUGGAGGACACGGACCACAUCAUCAACGUCACACUGCAGAUCACUCUGUCCCAGAUCAUCGACAUGGAUGAGCGGAAUCAGAUUCUGACAACCUACCUGUGGGUCCGCCAGGUGUGGAUGGACGCCUACCUCACCUGGAAGAAGGAGGACUAUGACGGCCUCGACACCAUCCGCAUUCCCAGCAGCUACGUGUGGAGACCCGACAUUGUCCUGUAUAACAGUGCAGACGACGAGUUCUCCAGCUCCAUGGAGACCAACGUGGUUCUCCGUAACGAUGGCCAGGUGAUGUGGGACCAGCCGGCCAUCACCAAAAGCUCCUGCUCCGUGGAUGUGGCCUUCUUCCCCUUCGAUCUGCAGCAGUGUCACCUAACCUUUGGAUCCUGGACUCACAAUGGCAACCAGAUGGACCUUUUUAACGCCUUGGACAGUGCUGAUCUGGCUGACUUUGUCCCCAACGUGGAGUGGGAGGUUCUGGGCAUGCCGGCCAAGAAGAACGUCAUCUUGUACGGUUGCUGUUCGGAUCCAUACCCGGACAUUACGUUCAGCCUCCACCUGAAGAGACGCGCCUCCUUCUACAUCUUCAACCUCCUCAUCCCCUGCAUGAUGAUCUCCUUCCUGGCUCCUCUGGGCUUCUACCUGCCGGCUGACUCUGGUGAAAAGGUUUCUCUGGGUGUCACGGUGCUGCUGGCCCUCACCGUGUUUCAGCUGCUGGUGGCCGAGAGCAUGCCGCCCUCCGAGAGCGUCCCACUGAUAGGAAAGUACUACAUUGCUACCAUGACGAUGGUCACUGCAUCAACGGCGCUCACCAUCUUCAUCAUGAACAUCCACCACUGCGGCCCCGAGGCCCGUCCCGUCCCACAGUGGGCCGAGCGCUUCAUUCUGAACUACCUUGCCCGGAUCUGUUUUGUCUACGAGGUUGGUGAGAACUGCCUCGGCGGGACAUCGUCCGGGAAACAGCCGCUGUCACAAGAUGAGACUGAAGCUCCGUCAGCCGGCGGCAGCAAAGGAACAAACUGGGAUGUGAAUGGGCAGGUGUGGGGAGGGAGGGUGGAGGAGGAUGGCGCCGGGGAGUCUCUGAAGAUGCGACGGGAUCUGACCAACCAGACGGACUGGAAAGAGGAUCUGUUUGUGACCAUCGACCACUCGGAGGAGGAGGGAGCUGCCGGAGGACAUGAAGGGGAGGAGUCCGACAGUGGCUGCAAAGGAGGAGGAGAGCGUGUCGAGGAAAAGAAAGGCGUGGGAGGUGAAGGGGGAGGCGGAGCGGGGCGGAGCAGGAGGGAGAUCCUGGUGAAAACCCAGUGUGUGUGCCAACACCAGGGACUGCGCAGGAACGUUGAGUACAUUGCCAACUCGUACCAGGACCAGCGAGCCGCACAGCUGCGCAUCGGGGAGUGGAGGAAGGUUGCCAAAGUCAUGGAUCGCUUCUUCAUGUGGCUCUUCUUCAUCAUGGUCUUCUUCAUGAGUAUCCUCAUCCUGGGGAAAGCUAUCUGA